UUUUUUUCCACGCUCAUGUUUUAUGUUAUUAUAUUUAUGCUUAUUUUUCUAGUUCUGUUUUGUAUUGAUCUUGCAAAUCUCACUUACAUAAGUGGACACACUAGUCAGGCCAUUUCUCACACAUUUUUGGUUAUCUACUUCAGUUCCCUGCCUCAUUGGCUCCUACAUAAGCUGCUUCCACUGCCACUGUCAGCUAGCUUCCUGGCCGGCUACACUAGUCACUGCCAUGUUGUACUGUUGACGCAGUUGUCACGGUUGUUGGUCUUACAUGCAAGUUUAGUGGCAAAAGAUACGGAAAUAUUUGAGCAACUUUUUGCUCUUCAAGAAGCUGUCUUGGAUCUGAAAGACCAAGUGGACUAUUCAAGUUCAAGUGAAUCAGCAUCACCAUACCAGUCACCUUCCUCAACUCGAUCAAAUUCUAGCAGUGAAGCUGACCGAAAUGUUAGAACUAAGAGAUCAGCUAGCUUCGUACGACAGCAUGUGUCCUACCCACCUAUAAAACGCAACCGAUCUAAUCGCAUGAAAGCCACAACACCCCAACAUGGCUGCCAAGAUUCUUAUGACUCUGGGAUUCACACUUCAGAUCAUGAAAUAUUUGUGUGAUUGCUCUCAUGUACUGUGUAUUAUCAAUGUGUACAGAUCUUGUUAUCUGUAAACUGUUUUGGAUUGAAGAGAGGAAAGAACUACAGUAAAUAUUCAUUGUAUAAAUGAGUCAGUUCAGCAGCAACACAAUAACAAAAUGUUACAUAUUUUCACAUUAUGAUGUGAGCUAAUUAUAAGUACAAGUUCUGAGAAGGACUAAUGUUUCAUUAUUACUGUGUUUAUAUUAUGUUGGAAAUAAAAAUAUUUAUUUGAGAAUGUCAUCAUUUAAAUGUUUUAAGUUUUGAUAAGCAGAAAAGUACAUUGAAAGGGCAUUUCUUUAUGAUGAGUAGUAGAUAUUAAGUUAUGGUACUAGUAGUACUAGUAGUUACAUUCAUCCAUGGAUCACAUUUACAAAGAUGCUGAGAUUGUCAUGACACUGCAGUUAAAAAACAUAAAUAUUAGUCUUAUGUGCAGAGAUUCACAUACUUACUGGCCUACUUUGACAAGUGUGGGACAUAUGGUCAGCCAUGGCAUCAUAGUAAGAACUGUCACAUCAUUUGUCUGAAGUUAUUUAAGGAGGCAACAGAAAACAUAAAUCAGGAUGGUCAGAUGAAGAUUAAAGACAGACUCCAACCUCAUGAAUGUACGGCCAACCUGUUAAAAACUGUGCAGCUUGAUUCAUUUUAUCCAAAGUGUUCAGUUAUGUAUUGUUUAUAAUUCUUCCAAAUGAGUUAUUUAAUAACAUAUGAUGUCUCAGGAGAAAUGGUCUGUAUUCAUAGACAUUACAGAAAUGAUCAUUCAAAGUAAAAAGUCUAGUAAACAUGAGCUCUAAUAUGCAUACCUUAAGAACUUUGAGCACUUCUUCAUCUUUGAUACUGUGAAACAAAUCUCUUCUAUUGCUUUACAGAUUUUGAGAGGUAUUAGUAUAGACAAAAUCAAGAAAAACAUGUUCAGUAAACAUGGGCUCUAAAACACAUACCUUAAGAGCUAUGAGCACUUGUUCAUCUUCACUAUUGUGAAACACAACUCUUCUACCAACAUGUGCUUAUAGCUCUUAAGGUAUACAUUUUAAAGCCCAUAUUUACUAGAGAUUAUUUUCUUUUUUUGGUCUGUUAUGCCUCCUCCACAAAUAUGGAAAGCAAAGAUCUUGCAGUAGAAGAGGUUUGUUUCACAGUAUUGAAGAUGAAGAAAUGCUCAUAUCUCUUAAGGUAUGUACUUUAUGGCUGAUGUUCACUACAAUUUUUUUUCCCGAAUAAUCAUUCUUGUCCUAUCCCUAAAUAUUGACUUUCCUACAUUCUACAUCAAUUAUUCAUUUCUCAAAAUCAGUCACUGCAUCCACUACACAAAUAAUUUCACAAUGCAAAAAGCUACUGUUACACUCUUCAUUCAUUUCUCAACAUUAAUCACUGCUCAUUUUGCACACAUGCACUACACAUCCAAAUAAUAACCUGACAUCAGGACCAUUACAAUGAUAUUUGGUUCCUACUUUGUGUACUAUAACAUCCCAUUUGCUUGUCUAAAAAACUGAAUCUGCAUCUCUCCAUAAUAAGUGAGAUGUUGAGUCAGAAAGAGGAUGAGAUGUUCAUAUUAUCCAUUGCAGAGGUAUGGUAUAAGGUUUACCAGGAUAACAAAAACAUUCUAGUACAAAAAUUCCAUUUUUAAACAAUUUUGUUUUAUAAUCUUCUUAGGCAUUUGAUAGUACAAUUUUAUUCAUUGAUAGGCAAUACUCUUUAGAGUUUUAUGUCUAUUUUUUCUUAGCAAAUGUGAUUUUAGUCUAGAUCUUAUUCCAGAUUGACGUACAGAAGUAUUCCUGCAGUAAUUAAGAGGGCUUUGUUAUGUGUAAAAUUGACUGGUAAAUGUACUCACAUGGACAUGAUGUACUUAAAAUCCCCAAUAUUUUGAACAGAUUGUUACAGUAAGCCUGAUUAUUAGUUCUGGUUAAUAUUGUUAUGGCCCUUUCCUGUAGUUGAACACUGCAAUCCUACUUUGUGUAUUUGUAACAAAGAAACAACUUCCACAGCUAAGAUUGUGCAUACAAAUAGUAAAAGUCACAGACUGUUACACUACGUGAAAGGGCUCUAAGGGCAUAAUGUACUCAUGGCACUCAGUUUAUAAGUAUAUUUGUAUGUUCACAGCACUAAACCAGACAACUAGUAUUCACUUUUAGAAAUAUUGUUUAUUUUAUAAUCUAUAAGGGUAUCAUCUAUAUUUAAUUUGACAGUAUCAUUUUCCCUCUUCACAUUGAAAAUCACGGAAUUUAUUUUCUUUAUGUUCAGUGUAACUUUACCGCAUAUUGAUGAAGUGUAACCUUCCUUGCUCUGCAAGGAGUCUCUUUUUUUUCUCAGUGACUAUAAUGUUGUUGUCAGCAGCAAUGAUAAUUUUUUCCCUUGCUUAAUAUUAUUGGGAAAGUCGUUGAUGUAGGUCACAAAUAGUAUUGGCACAAAUACGAUACAUGUAUUAAUGUAUUUUGAUUCUGAUAAGUGAUUUACUAAGAGUUUAGCAUUAUUUGAUGUUUGUGUUACCUCCACUCUUUGUACCCUAUUUGCUAGAUAAAAACAGAAUAAGUCAUUA